AGCAUCAACCAUCAUCCCCCCAUCUUCCCCCUCUUUUUCUGCUUCUGUUUUGUCCUUUUCUCCCUCCCCUCCCCUCCCCUCCCCCGACCCUCAUAUUUUCCGUUGACGGAGCUGCCGAUUGGCUGGUCUAUACCCUAUUUGUUAGCCUCCCUCCCUCUCUCCUCUUUAAUUCCGGAAUCGGUGGAGUCUGCCGGGGGGUUGACGAUCCUGGGCUUGCUGAGGGAGAGGAUGGACGGCCCUGAUUCGAGGAUCGGGAGGAGGAAGAGCUUCACCGAACGGAUAGGAUUGAAGGGGAUGGGCUGCUGCGGCGGGCCCAUCUGGGGCUUCCAGGCCACCACCAUCAGCGUCCACGACGACGACGACAAUGAAGAAGGACAGGUCCGGCAAGAAGAAGAGCAAGAAGGAGACACCGAGAUCCACCACCAGCUACCCCAACAACACCAACAAGACCCCGAGGUAACGCUCCAACACGGGUCGGAGCUAGCCUGCACCGCCGAGAGCCCGACGCCGGUAUUGGGCAGCAUGAACCUCGCGGCGGCUCUCGCGGCGGAGCGGCACUACAGGGCGUCGCAGGAACCGGAGCCCACCACUGCCGGAGGGACGACGGGCAACGGGGGCCCCAACGGGUCUACCGGAACCGAGCCGGGGACACCGCUGAGGGUGUCGCUGAUGAGGCUGCUGGAGGAGGCCGACGGCGGCGGGGACGACGAGGCGGCGGCGGCGGGGAGCGAUUCGCUGUGCUGCGUGUGCAUGGGGAGGAGGAAGGGAGCGGCGUUUAUCCCGUGUGGGCACACCUACUGCAGGGUGUGCUCCCGGGAGCUGUGGUUGAACCGAGGCUCCUGUCCCCUCUGCAACCGUCCCAUCCUCGAAAUCCUCGACAUUUUUUAAAUCUGAUGAUCAUGAUGAUGAUGACGACGACGGAUCACCAUCAUCGUUAACGCACCCCGUGAUGCGGCCUCGAGAUUGGGGGACUUUGCCUGGUUAAAUUUGAUCAGGUGAUAUCAUAUCAUACUAGUGAACUCGAACAUGAGAGGUUCUUACAUUACUCGAUUGUCAGUGGCUGGUUCAGUCGGUCCGAUUUUUCGUUUGGUUCGGAAGUUUGAUAGACAAACUUUGAGGUCUAGAAUCGUAUGUAUACCGAUGAUACUUUCUCUAUUGUAGUCCUCAGUCAUACGUGGUGUCAGAAAUGCAUUGUGAAUUCAAUGAACUAUCGAUUUAAUUUGUAAUCUUAGCUUGCACGAAGUCCCCGCUUGUGGAAUUUUGAA